AUGGCCGAAACGAGGAUUGUCGUGCUGGGCGCCGGCGUGGUGGGCCUCACUACCGCCUUGCAAUUGUCCAAGAACAACAAUUACAGCGUCACUGUCGUCGCCAAGCACAUGCCCGGCGACUAUGACAUUGAGUACGCUUCGCCCUGGGCUGGCGCAAACUAUCUUCCCGUCGGCGCCCCUGGCUCGAACCUUGCAGAAUACGAGAAGAACACUUGGCCGGAGCUGCAACGGCUGGCCUCGAACGUGCCUGAGGCGCACAUCCAUUUCCAGCAGACCGUCUUGCACAACCGCACAAAAGACGUUGGGACAACAACCGGCAACUGGUUCGCGGAACUGCUGAAGACCGAGCCGUGGUGGAAGGACGUGGUGCCUGAUUUCCAUCUUAUCUCCAAGGACAAGCUCCCCAAUGGCAUCGACUCUGCCACCGCCUUCACGUCCGUCUGCAUCAACACAGCGCUCUACCUGCCCUGGCUCAUCGGGCAAUGCCGCAAGAAUGGCGCACAGAUCCGUCGGGGCAUCGUGAAGCACGUCGCGGACGCGGCAUCGCUCCACCACAGCGGCAAGCGCGCUGAUAUCGUCGUCAACUGCACCGGCCUCUCUUCGCUCAAGCUGGGCGGCGUGGCCGACACCAAGCUGUACCCCGGCCGCGGCCAGAUCGUGUUGGUGCGCAACAGUCCGGGCGUUAUGACCAGCACUUCCGGAACCGACGACGGCGAAGACGAAGCUGUGUACAUCAUGGAGCGUGCUGACGGCGGCGGCACCAUCCUGGGUGGGUGCAUGCAGAAGCACAGCUGGGAGUCCCAGCCGGACCCCAACCUCGCGCAGCGCAUCAUGAAGCGCGCCGUUGAGCUGUGCCCGGCGCUUACGGACGGCAAGGGCCCCGAGGCGCUCAGCAUCAUCCGGCACGGCGUCGGCUUGCGGCCUAUGCGCGAAGGUGGUCCGCGGGUCGAGAAGGAGCGCAUUGAGGGCGUCUGGACCGUGCACAACUACGGCCACGGCGGCUACGGCUACCAGGCCAGCUAUGGCUCCGCGGAUGCGGCAGUGAAGCUGGUGGACGAAAUUACCAAGUCGAAAGCAAAGUUGUGA